CCCAUUUUCCAACCUCUCAUUCAGAUUGGGAUAGUCGACAUUAAGUAUCAGGAGUAUGGAACUCGUUGUGAACGCCACGCAUUGCUUGUUUGGAUUGAGCGAAGCAUAUCAGGACGAUUUUGCCGCCGGGAACAAUGGACACUCUGCGUCAGACGAGCCAAAGCUGGAAUACGAACAGAUAAUCGUUGUUGACAGUACCGAUGGUCUGGGACCCAAUUCAUCGAGUGCUGCUGUGGACUCAAGGUUGAUCUUCGAUGCUUGGGAGACGUUCGUUCCAGACGGCGACUCCCUCUCCUUCAGAUGGUCUCAAUGGAUCGAGCCGUCGACGAACCAUUGAACGAUAGAAGAGAAUGUGGUCCAGUGGGGCUUCAACACGGAGUCCGGGAAACAAAGUUGUGUCUCUUUGGUCUCUCUCUCUCGUCUUCGACCGCGAAGGGAGGGCGGUUGUAAGUGAUAAGGAUGGUAGCCAGACCCUGCAUCUGACUCUGCAGGUGGCUGAUCCGGAGACUCCACCGCUAACGAGCUAUACAGCGAUUCAGGUCUGCAUCUAAGGGCAUAGCUACAUGAAAUGAUGGGUUCCGAG